GAGAGAAAGAGAGCAGAAGAGGGCCCUUUGUUUGAUGGCAUCUGUUUACAGAGUUGACUCUUUCAUCUCAACCUGUUUCCUCCUCCCCUCGCCUGCUCCUGAGAAGAAAGGCAACUUUGGCAGCGGAGGAGCUGCUGCUCUCUCUCUCUCUCUCUUUCCUUCUUCGGCGGCGGAGUAGCCUCACACGCCGCCUUCCUCCUCCGCUGCUCCCGCCCACCCGCUCUCCCCCGGGACUAAUGCCAAAGGAUGGCCAGGAGACCCAGGCACAGUAUAUACAGCAGUGAUGAUGAAGAUGAUGAUCUUGAGGCGUAUGAUCAUGACUACGAUGGCCUGUUGCCCAAAGGCGGAAAACGUCAUUUGGGAAAAACCCGGUGGACUCGAGAAGAGGAUGAGAAACUAAAGAAACUUGUGGAACAGAAUGGCACAGAAGAUUGGAAAGUUAUUGCCAAUUUCCUUCCUAACCGAACAGAUGUACAAUGCCAACAUCGAUGGCAGAAGGUUUUAAAUCCUGAACUUAUCAAAGGCCCAUGGACUAAAGAAGAAGACCAGCGGGUAAUAGAGCUUGUGCAGAAAUACGGCCCCAAGCGUUGGUCUGUCAUUGCCAAGCAUUUGAAGGGAAGGAUCGGAAAGCAAUGCAGGGAACGGUGGCACAAUCAUCUGAAUCCAGAAGUCAAGAAAACCUCCUGGACUGAAGAAGAAGAUAGAAUUAUUUACCAAGCACACAAGAGGCUGGGAAACAGAUGGGCAGAAAUUGCAAAGCUGCUGCCUGGAAGAACUGAUAAUGCUAUCAAGAACCACUGGAAUUCUACAAUGCGUCGAAAAGUUGAACAGGAAGGUUAUCUUCAGGAAUCUUCCAAAGUCACCCAGUCUUCAAUAGCCACAAAUUUUUCGAAGAAUAACCAUUUAAUGGGUUUUGCUCACACUCCAGCUUCUGUGCAUCUGCCAACAGACACCCAAACCCCAGUUACAAAUGAGUAUUCCUAUUACCAUAUUUCUGACACUCAAAAUGUCUCUUCUCAGAUUCCCUAUCCAGUAGCACUUCAUGUAAAUAUUGUUAAUGUUCCCCAGCCAGCUGCUGCAGCUAUUCAGAGACACUAUAAUGAUGAAGAUCCUGAGAAAGAAAAGCGAAUAAAGGAAUUAGAGUUGCUACUAAUGUCGACUGAGAAUGAACUGAAAGGGCAGCAGGCAUUACCAACAGAGAAUCACACAUCAGAUUAUCAAGGAUGGCACAGCACCACAAUCACAGACAGUUCCCGAACUAGUGGCAAUAGGGCACCCAUUUCCUCUUUGGGUGAACAUCACCACUGCACUCCAUCUCCACCAGUGGACCAUGGUAGCUUGCCUGAAGAAAGUGCAUCUCCUGCAAGGUGCAUGAUUGUCCACCAAAGUAACUUCCUAGAUAAUGUGAAGAAUCUUUUAGAAUUUGCGGAAACACUUCAACUAAUUGAUUCUGAUCCUUCAUCAUGGGGUGAUCUCAGCAGUUUUGAAUUCUCUGAAGAAGCAGACACUUCGCCUAGCCAAGCUCCCCCAGGCAAAGCGCUUCAGCAAAUCGAGGCCAGUGCCUGUAGGCCUGGAGGAUAUCCUCUUUCAAACCUGAGCAAAGCCGUGUUGAGUCAGGAAUCCCAUACUAUGCCAAAGUCCUUGACUGGCUCACAAUGUGGCACAGCUCCGUUGGUCUUUCUGCGUACAAAGAGAGGGCAUCCCAGCCACUUAGCCAGUGACCAUAAUCAGUCUGCUACACAUGCUGAUGUCAGCCGCUCAGUUCCCAAGCGCUCCCCUGACAAAAGCCUGCCAUUCUCUCCCUCGCAGUUUUUGAACACCUCAUCCAGCCAAGAAAGUCUGGACCUAGACAAUCCUCCUAUAACGGCUACUCCCCUCUGUUCUCAUAAAGUCACUGUUUCAACACCUUUUCACAGAGAUCAAGCAUUUAAGACGCAGAAGGAAAACUAUGUCUUCAGAACCCCUGCUAUCAAAAGAUCGAUAUUGGAAAGUACUCCAAGAACACCUACUCCAUUUAAAAAUGCACUUGCAGCUCAAGAAUUCAAAUAUGGCCCUUUAAAAGUGUUGCCUCAAACACCUACUCAUCAUGUUGAUGACCUGCAAGAUGUUAUCAAGCAAGAGACUGUUGAAUCUGGCAUUGCAACUGGCUUACGGGAAAAUGGAUCUCCUUUGGUAAAGAAAAUCAAACAGGAGGUUGCAUCUCCAACAGGUAAAGCAGGAAACUUCUUUUGCUCAAACAGUUGGGAAGCUGAAGGUCUGAAUGCACAGCUCUUCACAUAUGCAUCUCCAGGGGAAGAUGUACCGAAUCUACUUACCAGUUCUGGUUUGAAGAUGGCUGCUUCAGUGGAAGAAGACAAUACACAUAAAUUGUUCACAUUACAUAAAAAUAAGUCAUCAGGUAGUCCACUUCAGCAUUUUAGCAACACGUGGGACCCAGCAUCCUGUGGGAAGACAGAGGAUCAGUUGUCUUUCCCUGAUCCAGCACGAAAAUACAUGAAUGCCUUCUCAACUCGGACUCUGGUUAUGUAGAUAGGUCAUCCAACAAGCAUUAGGAUGUCUUUUCAAAACAUUUCCAGUUAAUUUGGAUUUACGGUUUCUCAACAAUGCGAGAAAAGCCUUUAUUAUUGUUGUUGUUGUGGUACAACAUUUGGGAGCAGCACAAAGUGCAUAUCAUCACAAAAGCAUAUAUGUAUAGAAUAUUCAUGUUGGAUUUCACCCAACUUUAAAAAAGGAAAGAGUUCUGUUUGUUGCUGAUGCUUACCUAAAAUAAUUAGGUUCUGAGAUUUAUGCAAUUAAUUGUGAAUACUAUGAAUGCAAUUUUUUAAGACAGUGAUUUUUGAGUGAUUAAACAAAACUUUUUGGGAGAUCAAAUGAAACAGUAUUAAUUCAGUGAAGAGUUACUACAGAAGUUUUGAUGUCAGUGAAGACAUUUUUAAGGAUUUCUUUUUUUUUUUCUCCUUCUCAGAGCUGGCACUCAAUUCAGCAGCUUAUUCUAAAUCAUUGAACAAAUGUCUUGGUAUAAAAUACCGCAAGAAAAGCAUUACCACAAAGUCUAAUGUUAAGGUAUCAGCUGAGGGCAUACCAUAACAUGACACAAUUAUACCAUUGGAAGUACUGUUCCAUUUGUUAGAUCGCUAGAUUGAUAUUAUGUGUGUGUUUUGUUGUUGUUUCACUUAGCUUGCUUUAAAAAUUAUUUCUGUAUGAAACAUAGUUUUAUGAGAACAAAUUAUAUUUUUAUUCAGUAAUUUAAUUUUGUAAAUGCCAAAUGGUUACUGUGGGUUUUGUUCCAUGUUGUUUUGGGGUUUUGUUGCUGCUACAAAUUUACAGCAUGUAGAUGAGCUAUUUGAGCCAUGGAGGUUUAUUAAAAAGUAAAACCUGGGGCUAGCUACUUGACUAUGCACUAGCAUUUCUUAUUUUCGUAUUAAAAAUACUGUUUUUAUCCUGCCCUCCCCCACCCUUUUUUUUUUUUUUUUACAAACUGUACUUUGAAACACUUCUUGGGAGAUUUUGUGUGCUUAUGUUUAUGUAUUCUAAUUGGUUUGCAACAACACAGAAUGCAAACUUCAAGCAUUUGGGAGAACAUAGUAUUGCUUGUCUUUAAUUUUUGUCCCAUGUUUAACGUAGCAAUUUCUAAUUUGGACUUUUGGUUAUAUCAAGAUUUUCUCCAUUAUCAAGAAAAGGUUGCGCUUGUUCUUCUUCUGAACUAUGACUUUGCUGCCUUAAUAGAAUUAGGUGCAGCUUUCUCUGCACUUAACUUUUUGUAAUACACUGUACUGCCUUGUAGAUAAAUAAAGUGUGUUGUUUUUGUAAAAA